AUGAACUCCAAACUGAAGAAGGGAGAAGAUCAAGUGCAGAUUUUAAGCAUCCACUCUGGACAAAAUGAAGCUUUACCCAGAGCUACAGUGAGAGUAACACCAGACAGAUCUGUGUUCACUGGAGAGACAGUCACUCUGAAGUGUGAGAUAGAGGAUCAGUACAGAUCAUUAAACUGGAGAUAUCUGUGGUAUAAAGACACAACUGAAGUGUUAAACUCUGAGCAUUACACUGUAAACAGAGACUCUCUCACUAUCACUGGAGUUACUGAAUCUGAUCAGAAGGAGUUCAGCUGUAGUGCAGAGAUACACGGACGACCACAAACACAAUCAAGGUCUGAUGUUCAUCUCACUGUGAAGGCCGCAGGAUCUUCAUCUCUUGGUCUUAUUGUUGGUCUGUGUCUUGGGCUGAGCGUCAUGUUUUUGAUCUUUUUCUUGGUCCUGCUGUGGUGCUACAAAAACAAAAAACUCUCUCGGUCUUCCUCAGCUGUCAGUCAACAGCAAAACAUCAGUCAGACAUCAGAUCAGAAACAGACUGAAGAUGGUUACAUUUCACUACAGACUGUGACUCAGGCCGACCCCAGUAAUGCCGUGUAUUCACAGAUCAACUUCAAGAUAAAGAAACUCAAAAGCAAAGAAAAUGAAAGUGAAUCAGCUGAUCUCACCUAUGCUGAUAUUGAACUGAAACCGAAAAGAGAAAUAAACACAAGAAAGAAAGGGAUUAAAAGUGAAAGUGAAGACACUGUAUACUCUAAACUGAAGAAGGGGAGAGAUUAAGAUGUUGCUUCUGGAUCUGUUGAUGUGACUUAUGCUUAGAUUAACUAAAAAACCAGAGGAGUUUGUUUUUUAUUCUUAAUGUCUGUUGUGCAGAAUUCAAAAAGAUGUAAAUGAAAUCCUGUAUAAUCUUAAUCUUU